UACGGAGCAGGAGCCUCUGUACUGGCCACCUUGGGCGGUUGAGACCAACGGGCAUCUUCCUGAACCUAACCGCACUGAACCGCACGGCAGAGCUAGACGGGUCGGAGGCAGCGCACCCCAGCGCCCAGCAUGUCUGAGCAAAGGAGCCGCGGAGGUUCUUCUGGUCACCAGAGGCGGAACCGCACCCGAAGCCGCACCCGCAGAGCUGAAUUGACCUUCUCUGUGAGCCACCUGGAGCACCUCCUGCUGGACGGCCACUACACCCAGCGUCUCAGCGCCAACGCACCUGUGUAUCUGGCGGCCAUCAUCCAGUACCUGACGGCCACGAUCCUGGAGCUGGCGGGCAACGAGGCCCAGAAAAUCGGCUGCAGGCGCAUCACCCCGGAGCUGCUGGACAUGGCGAUCCACAACAACGCACUGCUCAGCGGUUUCUUCGAGAACACCACCGUCUCCCAAGUGGCCCCGGGCAGGCGGUAGCUUCCCAACAUGACCUGGGCUCCCCGGGCCUCGGCCCACUCACAGCCCAGGCAGCCCGGGCCUGUCUGGCGCCUUGGGCCAAGUUAUUGAAAAUAAAGUGUUGAAGGA